AUGGAGGCACCAACACCCCGCUCACGACGCAGGCUAGUGGGCCAGCCUUUGUUGUACGCUAUAUCUGUCUUUGCCAGUCUUGGUGUCUUUCUGUUCGGAUAUGACCAAGGUGUCAUGUCUGGAGUUAUCACCGGACCCCACUUCCGGAAAUUCUUCAACAAUCCAGGGCCAAUCGAGGUCGGUACGAUGGUUGCCGUCCUAGAGAUUGGAGCUUUCAUCACUUCUGUUGCAGCUGGUCGCGUUGGUGAUAUGCUCGGUCGUAGAGGUACACUUUUUAUUGGCGCUAUCGUCUUCGCUGUCGGCGGUGCCGUCCAAACGUUUACGCCCGGCUUCUGGAUAAUGGUUGUGGGUCGGGUAAUAGCUGGUUUCGGGGUAGGACUACUGUCCACAAUCGUUCCCAUUUAUCAAAGCGAAAUUUCUCCUCCUGAUCAUAGAGGUGCACUCGCGUGCAUGGAAUUCACUGGAAAUAUCUUCGGAUAUGCGUCAUCGGUGUGGAUAGAUUACUUUUGUUCCUUCAUUAAUUCGGAUCUAUCUUGGAGGGUCCCGCUCUUCAUCCAGUGUGUAAUUGGAGCUCUUCUCGCUCUGGGUUCGUUGUUGAUGCCUGAGAGUCCACGGUGGCUCAUAGACACUGACAAGGAUGUCGAGGGCAUGCAGGUAAUUGUUGACCUCCAUGGAGGUGAUCCACACGACGUAGUCGCCAACGAGGAGUUCCGAGAGAUUAAGGAUAGCGUCGUGUUUGAACGCGAGAGUGGUGAAGGCCGUACAUACGCGAUGAUGUGGAAGAGAUACAAGCGUCGUGUCUUACUUGCCAUGUCGGCGCAAGCAUUUGCACAGCUUAACGGAAUAAACGUUAUCUCGUACUAUGCCCCUCGUGUAUUCGAAGAGGCAGGAUGGAUAGGCCGGGACGCCAUCCUGAUGACGGGUAUCAACGCGAUCAUUUAUCUCCUCAGUACUCUUCCUCCAUGGUAUCUAGUGGACCGCGUUGGUCGACGUUUUAUCCUGCUAACGGGAGCUGUAGUGAUGGGGAUUGCGCUAGGCUUCACCGGAUGGUGGAUGUAUAUUGACGUUCCCGAGACACCUCGCGCUGUAGUGGCAUGUGUGAUCAUAUUCAAUGCGGCGUUUGGAUACAGCUGGGGACCCAUUCCAUGGGCUUUCCCACCAGAAAUUUUACCGCUGACUGUGCGCGCCAAAGGUGUUUCCAUUUCCACUGCCACCAAUUGGGCAUUCAAUUUCCUGGUUGGAGAAACUACUCCCUGGCUACAGGAACAGAUUGCAUGGCGUCUGUAUCCUAUGCACGGAUUCUUCUGUGCAUGUAGUUUCGUACUAGUCUACUUCUUAUAUCCUGAAACCAAAGGAGUUCCGCUGGAGGAGAUGGAUGCUGUCUUCGGCGAAGAAGAACUGGAAGAGCGACUCGAAGAAGAAGAAUCGGAGAGGGCAUCUCUUGUAUCAAGACGGUCCUCGCGCAGUCGCGCUCAUGUGCGAGUAAAAUCAAAUUCGCAAGGACCAAGUCUACUCAGUCGUCUAUUUGGCGGUUCUGGCGGACCCUCGAACUACGAGCCCAUCCGAGACGGCGACGAAUAG